AGACUGAGCUGCGUUAGAGAUUGCUGCUAUUGGCUUGUAGUUAUAAAUCAGGAAGUGUCAGUGCACAAAUUCUUACACAUAAGGCUGGAGGACAAUGUUCCGUUCUUUACUCAGUGUUGGUUCAUAGCCAGGUACCAGACUAGGCUGGCAGCGAGAGAUCCGCCAGAAUUUGCUCCUUGCGCCGUUGACAUGAGGAGCUCAGAAGCCUCAAGCAGAGACCUAGUGAUCCUGUAUGAAGAGGAGGCAGAAGAGUGGAGUGCAUAUUUGAAACAGAUUUUCCUGGACCAAUUAAAUCCAGAAAGUAUCCACUGCUUUAAAAUUGGAUGUCUCAAUGACCUGAAAAUUGCAACUCCCAAGCUGGCUGCCUACAGAUGCAAGUUGCUGGUGCUCACUCCUGGUUUCCUAACUGCACUGACAAUCCCAAAGAGAAUCCACCUCAGUAAGAUUUUGCAAGCUUCUGAUGAAGUGGUGCUGCUUCUCUGUGGAGUACCGAAUUCCGAUGAACUCUACCAGCUGGUGUCUAUACCGAGAGGGAUCUGUGAGCUCUCGAGCGAUCAGGAUGCUCAAGACUAUCAGUCUGCUGUCAUCAGCAUCCUCAAUUCAGGAUCUUGCCAACAACAUGAAUACCCCGCACAAGAACUGUGCUUGAAGGAGUACAAUGCCCCUGAAGAUGCCACAUCAGGUACACCCAUGUGGCUGGCUGUGUCUCAGUUACUGGCACUAUGCUCAGAUUCAUUUAUAGAAUCUGGUGGCAAUGAUUGGCAGCAGUGCAUGGGUCCAAGAGAAGAUCCACUUGGAGGGCUUGGUUCCUUUAAUGCCGUCACAGUGCCUGUGUUGGUGAUACCAAAUCGGAUACAGUGCAAAAGCCCAAGUGAGAUUUACAUGCUGCUGAAAAAUACCGUAUCGCUCAGUGAAAACCCAGAGAUUGAAUUUCUGUCAAGGACUGAGAAAGUGAAGGUUCGACCAACUAUUUGGAACAGUCAAACACUUUGUGUAAGAGCUCUCGAUCUGCCUGCUGGCUUAGUGACAAUGAGCCUUUAUUGUGGAGGAGUGAGAAUUGCCCAGGCUGAAGUUUUGUACUACACUCCAAUGGAAGAAAUUGAGCGAUUGCUAAUAAGAACAGCUGAUCCAAUAGAAUUCAUCUGUCAGGCAUUUCAGAUUAACUCCAAGGAUCAAUUGGAUCAGCUCCUCACUCAAUCUCUUCGUAACUCACUACCACCCAGUGGACUUGGUGUUUUCCAAAGCCUUGGGCCUAAUGAACGAACUGAACACAGCGAUCUGGGACAUGGCCAUGAGUUCCCAACCCUGCUCCAUUUUGCAGCCAACAAUGGACUAGAGAAUCUUGUCACUCUGCUUCUAGAAUGUCCUGGAUCAGCCCAGGCCUCCACUGUCCUGAAUGUUCGCGGAGAAAACCCAAGAGAUAUCGCUGAGAAGAAUGGAUUUCAGCAAAUCCGGGAGCUCUUAGAUAAAUUUGCAGCAAUAACUGAGAGAUACCGGAGGGAGGAUACAUUCCAGAAUAAUUAUGACGUUCAUCAAUGUGCGGAAAAAGAUGAAGAAGAAAAUGUCUAUGAAAUGAUGGCAAAGUGCAAUAUAAACAGCUCAGCUAAAGAGUGCACAAAAAUGGUAGAGAAUGAGAAAGCAAUGAGUGAGGAGGAUCCAUAUUCUUUAACAAUGGAUGAUGAAGACCCCUAUGAUCUAAUUUUACCAGAAGACAGAAAGGAAAGUACGGCCAUCGUUGUAAAGAGGCCACCUGCACCUAUUCCUCGACCAACGACCCUGCAGUGUGUGGACAACACACCCUUUAUAGCUCAAGUGUUUCAGCAAAAGACUGGAAAAGUUCCCAAUGACAAGCUCGGCAAUGCCCCUAAAAGAGCUAACAGGCCCAAGAUUGGUGAGAGUCCAGUUUACGACACAUUCAGGCCAGAGUACAAUCCAGGACAGCAACAGCUGAUCCAUCUGCAAGAACUGGUCAAGAAGGGAGUUCUCACUGUCAAUGAAGCACAGGAAAGGUUUAAACAAUGGCAGAUGGAAGAGAAGGAUCAGGAUGCUGUACAACAGGAGAAAUUGCGUAAGCUCCGAGAGAUCAUUACAAAGGACCGGCAUGAUGCAGAGGAUCUCUAUGAUAAACUCAAAAUAGUUCAUCCUUCAGAUGAUGGUAGUAAAAAGAAUGAUGACAAUGUGUACAACGUUCCAACAGCAAGAGGACAAGAGACUUGUCACUAUGCAAAACUGACAAAAAUAAAAUAAAAAGGUUUACAGUCUGCAUUCGUGGUUUUCACUGCCAAAACAAGGCCUUGGAAUUUCAGCCAGCUAUACUUUUCAAUCUGCGCAAAUGAAUUAAAGCUUCAGAAGAUUCUAAUCACAGUAACAUUUAACAAAAUGCAUGAAUAUGCAGGAUGAACUUAACUUUUUACCGUGUCCACCCCAGUCCAACACCAGCACCUCCACAUCAUCCAAGAUGAUGAUCAACCCUGGACCUGAAUUGCAUCAGGUAUUAUUUAUUAUGAGGAUACUGUUCCAUUGGAGAUAUCACUGGAUAUUGUAUGAAAUAUUUUACACAAGAAAGGAGCCAAAACUGUUCAUAAAUAAGACUGUUACAGCCACGCACAUGCUGAACUAAUCCACAGCAUCAGUCCCAUGAUUCCAGUCCAGUGGUAAUGAGGAUUCAUAUCAACAGAAAAACCCAAGGAAAAUAUUGGGUUUUUUUUUUCUAAUCACAAGACAGGCAGUCUCCAAUUAUGAUUUAAUCAAGUCAGAUUUCAAGAUUUGUAAACUCUGCAUCUCCAAUGCAUAAACAUGACAUUGAUAUUUUAGUUUGAUUUCGACAUUGAUAUUUUAGUUUGAUUUCGACACUGAUAUUUUAGUUUGAUUUCGACAUUGAGCAGCUGUUAAUCACACUUCUCUCACUGAUCACAAAUUGAAACUGCAAGCUUGGUGAUUUCAUUAUUUUGGCAGUAUGGAGCUUUCACAAAUAAUAAAUACAUUUAUUGGAAAUGUUUCUUCACAGUGAUAUAAAAUCCAAAUUUUGAAAAUUAAAUCUAUCCAAAUGGCAAUGAGACAAUGACAUAUCUU